UUCUCGUCUUGUAUCAUCUUACAGCAACUUGCACUUUCCAGUUUCACUAAAGCGCCAAAACUUGCAUAUGCUUUCUCAAUUUCUUUCAUUGUUUCUCAGCCGGUUGCAUAUUUCCUUUUGCAACUUUACAACACUUUUUUCUCCAACUGCUCACACUUCAAUAAAUGUACCAAGCGCGAGCAUGAUCCCAAGAAAUCUCGGGUAAUUCGGCAUUGCUACGACUUCUGGUCUUGUCGCUCUUUCCUAUGUGUUUGUGCAUGAAUGAAUUUGAGCUUCGUCAACCUCAAGAAUAAACUCGUCUUCGUUUGUCCUACUAGAUUUUGACUUGUGGUGAAUUCUUCACAUCAUGGAAACACACAAACAAGCUGUAUCUCGUAUCGCAGCAGAUAUCGAACAAUUCUAUGCCCGGAAAGAGCCAUUCCGGAUCUAUCAUGGCUCGACAAACAGCACACGCAAAUCCCAAUAUGAAAAUGAUCGCAUGAUAAAUACCUCAAAACUCUCACAUGUGCUUCAUGUCGAUACCGGAACGAAAACCGCUCUGGUAGAACCAAAUGUACCCAUGGUAAGUCAAUGUCCCAAGUUAUAUAGCACUUCACAAGGAAAUCCGAGGAAUCGACCCUUCUAAAGACAAUGUCGCAUCUUUUUGAAUCUGGCAACUACUCAAAAUCGUUCUUGAAAACGGCCCAGCUGAUUAAGGUUUCUACAGGAUGCCCUCGUGGCGGCUGCAUUGCAGCAUGGACUCGUACCUCCAGUCGUAAUGGAAUUUCCGGGUAUCACUGUGGGCGGUGGAUUUGCUGGAACAGCUGGAGAAAGCAGUUCAUUUCGGUACGGAUUUUUCGAUCGAACGAUCAACUGGAUUGAAAUGGUUCUUGCCAAUGGAGAGGUUGUGAGAGCUUCAAAAACGGAAAAUCCGGAUCUGUUCUUUGGCGCUGCUUCUUCAUUUGGUACUUUGGGUGUGACUACACUGCUUGAAGUUCAACUGAUUGAAGCCAAGAGCCAUGUCAGGUUGGCUUACUACCCUGUAAAAGGUUUACUGGAGGCACAGGAAGUGAUUGAAAGAGUUACAAAUGACACCUCUUUUGAAUAUCUUGAUGGAAUCAUGUUCUCAAAAGACAAUGGGGUUAUAUGUGCAGGGGAAAUGACGAACGAUGUGGGAAAUCUGAAAGUCCAAGGAUUUCUGAGACCUACUGAGCCAUGGUUCUACCUUUACGUUCAAAAGCUCAUGAAAAACAAACAGAGUCCGGUCACAGAAGCAGUCCCACUCGUUGAUUACCUCUUCCGUUAUGACCGUGGUGGCUUUUGGGUUGCGAGAUACGCAUUCAGAUAUUUUCUGACGCCUUUCAACCGUAUUACUCGAUUUGUGCUUGAUUACUUCAUGCACACACGAGUUUUGUAUCACGCAUUGCACCAAAGUGGCCUUGCUUCUUCUCAUGUCGUCCAAGAUGUGGCGAUUCCGUAUCCACGAGCAGACGAAUUCAUGUCAUAUCUCGACGCAAAUUUUAAGCAAUAUCCAAUCUGGCUUUGUCCGCUGAAGCAGAGCGGAAAAGAAAUAGCCUCUACACAUAGCCUUCAGGCUGGUAAAACGAACCAAAAGAUGCCAGAGAUGAUGUUGAACUUCGUAAGUCACGUUUCGUACUUUAGGCCCCUCUCUGAGUAUCACCCCUCGAUGAGAUGAUAUUCCCUUGACUACCCUCCUUACACUCGUAUCACGACCCCCUAGGAAAUGCAAAAAACUAACUCAUUUAGGGGGUAUGGGGACCUGGAUCAACCGACCGCCGCGAGUUCUUUUAUUGGAACCGCGAAUUUGAGAAGAAAGUCCGGGAACUCGGCGGCCAGAAAUGGCUUUACGCGCAAACCUACUACGCCGAAAAGGAGUUCUACGAAAUCUACAACCGUAGGGAAUACGAUGCGUUGCGAAAGAAGUACCAUGCGGAGUAUUUGCCCAGUGUUUAUGAUAAAGUGAAGGUGGAUGUGGAGAGUGAGGAGAAGGCGAAGAGGGAAAGUUGGAAGCUCUGGCUUCUGGCGCUUUUCUGGGGGAUUUGGCCAUUGGCUGGCUUGUAUGGGGUAUGGAAGGCGGUGCUUGGUGGGGAUUAUUUGUUGCCUAAGGGUGGGAGGAGGAAGAGGUAGGUGUUGGGGAAGGGCAGAGGGAGAGUUUGGAGUCGAGAUUCGAACUUCCUCGUGUAUUAUUAGCUUGAGUUAGUUCUACGAGAAUGUUGGUGGUACGUU